AUGGCUAGCCAAGAAGCUGAAGUUCCCACCAAGGCUGCCGAUGCCACUCAAACUCUGCCCGAUCGCACCGUCGCAAACCCCGCCGAACCUGAAGGUGAAAGCAAAAAUGCCGUCAAGAAGGCUCAGAAGGCUCUGAAGCUCGCUGAGGAGAAGGCCAAGAAGGCCGCGAACAAGGCCGCUGGAAAGCAGGAGCCUAAGAAGGCUGCUCCUUCCAAAAAGAAGAGCGAUGGUCCUGCGCUCAUUGGUAUUGAUGUCUCUGGCUGCUUCAUCCUGAAACCGGCUUCGUUCUUCAUCUGGGAGGAGAUCCAGAAUUUCUUCAACAAGAAAAUCAAGUCAAUUGGCGUCCGCAACUGCUCAUUCCCGCUCUUUGUAUCAGAGGACGUUCUCCAGAAAGAGAAGGACCACAUCGAGGGAUUUGCUGCAGAAGUGGCGUGGGUCACACAUGCUGGGUCUACUCCCCUGGAGAAAAAGAUUGCUAUCCGUCCCACUAGUGAGACUGUUAUGUAUCCAUACUAUGCUAAGUGGAUUCGCUCUCACCGAGAUCUCCCACUUUGCCUGAACCAAUGGAACUCUGUCGUUCGAUGGGAGUUCAAGAACCCCCAGCCAUUUUUGCGUACUCGUGAAUUCUUGUGGCAGGAAGGUCACACAGCUCAUCUGACUGAGGGCGAGGCUCGCCAGGAAGUUCUGCAGAUUCUCGACUGGUAUGCCGCAGUCUACGAAGAAUUGCUGGCCUGCCCCGUUGUUAAGGGCCAGAAGACCGAGAAGGAGAAGUUCGCUGGUGGCUCCUACACUACCACCGUUGAGGGUUACAUUCCUGCCACUGGACGUGGUAUUCAAGGUGCUACUUCUCACGGCUUGGGCCAGAACUUUAGUAAGAUGUUCGGCAUCACUGUUGAGGAUCCUUCUGCCAAGGGUGAUGAGAAGAAGCCCCCUCUUCACGUCUGGCAAAACUCCUGGGGUCUCUCCACCCGUUCGCUGGGUGUCAUGGUCAUGACCCACUCUGAUGAUAAGGGUCUUGUUCUGCCUCCCCGUGUUGCAGAGACUCAGGUUAUUGUUAUUCCAGUCGGUCUCACCGCGAAGGCUUCCGACGAGGAGCGCGCCAAAAUAGACACUGCCGUCGACGAGAUUAUUGCCACCCUUGAGGGUGCUGGAGUUCGUGCUAAGAGCGAUAAGCGUACUGGCUACUCUCCUGGAUGGAAGUUCAACCAAGCUGAACUUGGCGGUAUCCCAUUGCGACUUGAGGUUGGGCCCGGAGAACUGGCCGGUAACUUCGUUUCCACUGCCCGUCGUGACAUCCUCGGAAAGGACGGCAAGGGCUCGAUUCCCAUUCCGGAGCUGGCUACUGCCGUUCCUGCCCUUCUGGAGACUAUCCAGAAAGAUCUUUACAACCGAGCGAACGCCGAGUACACGGCCCACCGAAAGGUCAUCACCGACUGGGAGUCUUUUGUUCCCCACCUUAACGCGAAGAACGUCAUCGUCGCUCCAUUCUGUCUCGUCGAGGAGUGUGAGGACCAGAUCAAGGAUAUGAGCGCUCGCAAGGCUGAGGAGGAAACUGGCCAAGCCGAGGAUGCCAAAGCUCCCAGCAUGGGUGCUAAGUCUCUUUGCAUUCCCUUCGAGCAGCCCUCGCAACUCGAGCAGGGAGCCAAGUGCAUUAACCCCAAGUGCUCUCGCCCUGCUGAAAAAUGGACCAUGUUCGGCCGCUCUUACUAA